AUGCGCCCGUACUCGGGCUUCAACAGAGGCCACCACUACAUACUCACUGUCAUCGAUGUGUUGAGCAAGUACGCGUGGACCGUACCGCUCAAGAGCAAAGGUGGAAGCGAGACGGCUAACGCUAUCGCUGAGAUCAUUCGAGAGAGUGGAAGAUGUCCGAAAAAUUUACAAACGGAUAUGGGGAAAGAAUUUUACAACGCUGAUGAACAGAAAAUCUUGAAAAAACACAACGUUAAUCACUAUUCCACGUAUUUGACGUUAAAAGUGUCAGUGGUCGAGCGGAUCAAUCACACGCUCAAAAACGACAUGUGGAAGAUGUUUAUACUCAACGACAAUUAUAAGUGGGUCGACGAGCUGCUGCAUCUCAUGUUAGAUUACAACGCGCGCAAGCAUCGCACCAUCGGCAUGUGA